UGUGGUAUAUGCUAUAUGGCCUCAAAAGCAUAACACACUAAUUUGAUCAACAUUUUAAUGUUGAUUUGAUUUUUUCUACAAACUUUUUCUUUUGAGGCAUGAUUUCUUUAACAGAUAACAUACGCUUGGCAACAAUUGUGUCAAAGAUUAUGAUACAUUUGUCUCUUGAGAUCUUAUUUAACAAUUAUUGUUCAUUUUAUAUAAAAAUUAAGCCUUGUCUAAUCUGUGAGAAUGAAACCAUUGGAAAAGAUGAAGUAUCAAAAGAAAUUCAAUUUGUAUUGAUGUUUCUAAAUCUUCUUCUACAUUUUUUUUUUUGAUAAAAAUUAUGAUUUCAAGGAAAGUAAAUGCUGAUGAAUUAUGAUUCCCAUUUUACGGGCCAUCGUUUGUUAAAGUGGUAUUAAAUGCUAUAAUUUAGAAUAGACCUAUUAAUUUGGAAGCUUCUGAUUUCUAUUUAGAUUCUAAAAUAGUUGCAGGAAAGAAAUUAGUUACAUAUUGUGUAUCAUGUUAUAUACAAGAAGGACUAAAGUGGCAUCUUGUUUCAUGAACAUUAUUCUUAAACCUCUAACUGUUUUAUUUGGUCUCAUGUUUUAAACCAAGUAUUCUACAUUUAAGGAACAAUGGUUAUUGUUCUAAUUUUCCUCUUAGGGAAGAUUUUUGUAUUUUCCUUUCAAAAGUUAUACAAACAUUUUAUUUGUUUGGUAGUGCGUUACAAAACAGUACAUAUUUGGUUUUUCUGAUAUUUGUGUUAACGAUCCAGAAUGGGAAGUAAGAAUGGAGAUUCAAAAGAGCACAUAUUCUUGCACGGUGAGCUAGAUUUUUGGAUUUUAGAAGCUAAAUCACUUCCAAACAUGGAUUUAGCUUCGGAAAGAAUGAGACGAUGUUUCACAAUGUUUGGAUCUUGUUCUUCUCCCCUUUCGAAAAAACCAAAGGUGCGUUCAACCAACCAUUCAAUCAUUACGAGUGAUCCUUAUGUUUCUGUUUGCCUAGCAGGUGCAACUAUUGGUCAAACUAGAGUAAUAUCAAACUGUGAGAAUCCUUUGUGGGAUGAGCAUUUUUGUGUACCUGUGGCUCACCCUGCUACCAAAGUAGAAUUUCAUGUUAAAGACAAUGAUGUUGUAGGAGCUGAACAUAUAGGAGUAGUGGAGAUAUCUGUGGAAAAAAUCAUUUCAGGAAAUAAAAUCAAUGAUUGGUUUCCAAUCAUUGGUAAUUCUAGGAAUAAGAAUAAUUGUCGUAAGCCUUAUCCUGAAUUACACCUUUCUAUUCAAUUUAGAGGAGUUAGAGAUAACCCUUUAUAUAAGGAGGGAGUUGGAGGUGGACCAGACUAUGCUGGGGUUCCUAAUACUUAUUUUCCACUUCACAAAGGGGGAAAUGUGACUCUUUAUCAAGAUGCUCAUGUACCUGAUGGAAUGCUACCAGAGAUUUCACUUGAUGAUGGUUCAAUUUAUCAGCACAGGAAAUGUUGGGAAGAUAUAUGUCAUGCAAUUUUGGAGGCUCACCAUUUAAUAUAUAUUGUUGGAUGGUCAGUUUAUCAUCGUGUGAAGCUUGUGAGGGAGCCUACAAAGCCAUUACCUACUGGAGGAGAACUCACUCUUGGAGAGUUAUUGAAGUUCAAGUCACAAGAAGGGGUUCGUGUAGUUUUGCUCAUUUGGGAUGAUAAGACUUCACAUGACAAGCUUUUGUUGAAAACGGAUGGAGUCAUGCAGACUCAUGAUGAAGAAACCAAGAAGUUCUUUAAACAUUCUAGCGUUCAUUGUGUACUUUGUCCACGCUAUGCAAGUAAUAAACUCAGCAUGUUUAAGCAGCAGGUUGUGGGAACCCUAUUUACACAUCAUCAAAAGUGUGUAGUUCUUGAUAGUGCCGCAGCUGAUGGAGCCAACCGAAAAAUAACUGCAUUUAUUGGUGGUUUGGAUUUGUGUGAUGGAAGAUAUGAUACUCCAGAACACAGACUUUUUCGUGAUCUUGACACAGUCUUUGAAAACGAUUGCCAUAAUCCCACUUGUCAAGAUAAUGCUGAAGGUCCAAGACAACCUUGGCAUGAUUUACAUUGUAAAAUUGAUGGUCAUGCUGCAUAUGAUAUAUUAAAAAAUUUUGAACAAAGAUGGAGGAAAGCAAAAUGGCGUCUCUCUCGACUUAAAAAGAUUACAACAUGGCAGGAAGAUGCAUUAUUAAAGUUGGAUCGAGUUUCAUGGAUACUAAGUCCAUCAUCAAAUCCUAGUGGUGAUCAAAAUUUAUCCCUCUACAAUGAAGACGAUCCUGAAAGUUGGCAUGUACAGGUAUUUCGCUCAAUCGAUUCAGGAUCAGUGAAGGGAUUUCCAAAGGGCAUGGCUGAAGCUGAUGCUCAGAACCUUAUGGGAGGAAAGAAUUUGAAAGUGGAUAAAAGUAUCCAUACAGCUUAUGUUAAGGCGAUAAGAUCAGCUCAACACUUCAUAUACAUAGAGAAUCAAUAUUUUCUUGGAUCUUCAUACUUUUGGCCAUCAUACAGAAAAGCAGGUGCUGAUAACCUAGUGCCCAUGGAGUUGGCUUUGAAAAUUGCCAACAAAAUCAAAGCCAAUGAGCGUUUCAGUGUGUACAUAGUAAUACCAAUGUGGCCAGAGGGUUCUCCAACUAGUGCUGCCGUUCAAGAGAUUCUUUUCUGGCAGGGACAAACUAUGGCUAUGAUGUACAGUGUAAUUGCUCAAGCUAUUAAGAAUGCUGGCCUUUCUGAUCAGCAUCAUCCACAAGAUUAUUUGAACUUCUUUUGCCUUGGGAAGCGCGAGGUUUCAUCAUCUCGCAGAAGUAAGCCAACUGAGAACAGUGUGUUGGCAUCGGUCCAGAAGUUCCAAAGAUUUAUGAUUUAUGUCCAUGCCAAAGGAAUGAUUGUUGAUGAUGAAUAUGUAAUCUUGGGAUCGGCAAACAUCAACCAAAGAUCUUUGGAUGGUUCAAGAGACACAGAAAUCGCUAUGGGUGCCUACCAACCAACACAUACAUGGGCAGCAACCACUAAUUCUCAUCCUCGUGGACAGGUGUAUGGUUAUAGAAUGUCUCUGUGGGCUGAACACCUUGGAGAGCUCGAAGAUUGUUUUCGUGAACCACAGAGCCUAGAAUGCAUUAAGCGUGUUAAUAAGAUUGCAAAAAGUAAUUGGAAAGCUUAUGUUGCUGAAAAAUACAAGAAGAAGAUGAUUGGUCAUUUGAUGCAAUACCCCAUUGAGAUUAAUAAGGAUGGCAAUGUUAGUUCAUUGCAACAUUAUGAAUCAUUCCCAGAUGUUGGAGGCAAAGUUUUGGGAACACCUACCAAUCUUCCUGAUGCUUUAACCACAUAACCAAUCAAUAUUUGUAUACUACAAACCAUAAUUCUCCUGUUUCUUGAUAUGAGUUUGAGUAUGAGCAUAUACUCUUCUAUAAAUAUAUAUAUAUGUAAAUGUACUGAAAAAUUAUCGGGUACUAUUAGUGAUUACUUUUAAAUAUUUCCUAUAAAUUUUUAAGAAAUUUUCUAUAGUUUAAAUUGUGGAAACCAGAAUUCCACCAACUUGUUGCACGUAUACUUAUUUGCAUAUUUAUAUUGCCGCACUGGCGUGAAACACACUUCUAGUGUUUAAAACUUUAUUUCGACAUCCUAAAUUUUCCUCUCUUUUUUCUUUAGUUUAAACCGUAUUUAAAAAAAGUAGUUACAAAUAUAUGGAGGUAGAAAUUAUCAUAUAGCUAUUAGCUAAUCUUAUUGCUGCACUA